AUGGCGAACAACACAGAAACUCAGGGAUACGCUCCGUUCGACUUGUACCCCUACAACCCAUCCCAAGGCCCGGCAUUCGCCUUCUUAGGCUUUUUUAGCGUCGUUUGUCUUCUUCACUUGGUGGCCAUGAUUCCAUAUCGCUCAUUUUUCCCUUUGCCCCUCGUUAUCGGCUGUGGUAUGGAAGCCAGCGCCUACUGGUUUCGAUCACAGUCCCACAACGAUGUACGAAAGACUUUACCCUUCCUACUCCAAAAUUUACUACUCUUGUCGGCGCCGCCAUUCCUGGCGGCGAGCAUUUACAUGUCCCCUCGCCGCAUUGCACGAGUCCUGGAAUCAGAGCACCUAACGAUACAUCCUCGUGUAUUGACGAAGCUGUUUGUUCUCGUCGACACCAUCUGCUUUGUGACACAGUUUGCCGGAUCCGUUAUAUCCGGCAGCGAAAAUGCCGAUGAGGCAAGUCACGGGAGGAUCAUCAUCUUGGCAGGCUUGAUCCUUCAGGUCGCCGCGUUUGGCUUCUUUGCGGGUUGGACCGCUUGCUUCCAAAAGCGCUUGGCAUCUGCGUCAUUUCCGAACCCGCUGAGUAGUGAGCUCCCGUGGCAGCGCUACAUCUAUGGUCUCUAUGCCAUCAGUGUUCUUUUCAUCGUCCGCAAUAUCACUCGCAUGAUUGAGUUUCAACAGGGCUCCAACGGCGAGAUGCUCGCGCACGAGGCGUAUCUCUACGUGCUCGAUAGCUCCGUCAUGUUGGCCAUUGCCACAAUCUUUUUGAUCUUGCAUCCUGGUAGAUUGAGAUGGAUGGGCCGACGCUUGGGGAAAUCCUUGGCCCUAGGAGAAGAACAUAUACCGCUAGCAUGA